CGCUAGCGUACGUAUAUGUAUGUAGCGUCGACGUUGGGCGCUUUGAUAUCUAUGCCCAAGCGUUCUUUCGUCAGCCUACCCUUUUUUCCAAAAAGCAAUCUUGAAAUGCUCUGUCGCAAAAUUUAGCCAACAAACAACGACCAAGAGCGAUAUGAACGAAGCGCUUUGCUCGAUUCUUUGCGGGGAAGAUAGAUGGCAGUUCGGAUCGUGGUUUCACAGAAGUAUCAAAUUCAACAAGGACGGUACUGGCGAAUUAUGGUGCUGUAUAGAAUCCUGCUGGUUCAUCGCUGUGGAGCUUGAAUGGAAGGUUCUCUCACCACCCCAACCAAAACAAAUCGUUAACAACAUACGUGUCACACGAACCGACCCUCAGCUUCUAGGCCAUCUCAACCUCGAGAUUACUCUCACCAAAAGGCUGGCACCAGGGGUGAAUACGUCGAUCAUGCGAGAAGGCAACAUGCUGAACGAACGUAUUCUCUCCGAUGAAGCCCUUCGAACAAAGUACUUCACGGUCAGAAUGGAGAAGGGGAACUUCAGGGAACCGUGCUGGAGCUUGAUGGGAAGUACGGAAUCAUCUACACGUUAUGCUCUUCGAUUGUUGUUUGAUAAAUCGCCGUAUCCACCACGAGAGGAGUGGAAGGAGCCGGAGGGGGCUCCAGACUCUAACAUGUUUUGGGAUAACAUAGAAUUUGUCGGGAGAAAUUCGCCAGAGCUAUACCAAAAAGGAAUAGCCAUGAACGAUCUCAAUACAGCCGAUUGGAGUAGCUGUGUAAUAUCUUAGUUAGGGAUCACUAGAAAAUGGAUAAGUCAGACAGU